GCUAGCUGAAAUACUGGAAUCAGUUAAAAGGCAAUUAUCCAAGUUUUCCAUUUAUGAUACAUUUAAAUUUAUUGAUAGUAUUAGAGAUUUUAAUGUCUCAGAGAAAGUCAUGUUCUCGUUAGAUGUGACUUCGCUAUUUACCAAUGUACCUCUCAUGGAAACUGCUAUAUAUGUGAUUAUAUUGAUACACAUAGUUUAGAAAUAGGGUUGCCGUCAAUUCACCUCAAAGAAUUUUUAUGGAGAUGCACGUUGAAUGUUCAGUUCACCUUUAAUAAUGAGAUUUCUAGACAGAGAGAUGGCAUUGCCAUGGGAUCACCAUUGGGUCCUUUGCUGGCUGAUUGUUUUAUGGCAAAGCUUGAAAAUUCUCAACUUAGUCAAACCAUCGAUCAUUUAGACAUCUACAAAAGAUACGUAGACAACACUUUCGUUAUCUGCAAUAAUAACGUAAUUGUUGAUGAUGUCUUGUUUGCUUUCAAAAAUUGUCAUCCUUAUUUACAAUUCACCAUAGAAAAGGAACCUGAACUAAGUAUUCCGUUUCUUGAUGUGUGCCUUAGUAUACGUAAUGAGAGAUCUCUCAAAAGAUCUAUCCACCGGGAACGUACAUGGAACGGAUAACUAACUAAUUUUUAUAGUCGGGUGCCUAUCUCCAGGAAAAGGAACCUAACUCAUUCAAUCUGCUUAAGGAUAAGACACAUUUGUACUUCUGAUUGCGUUGACUCAGAACUUGACUUCCUAAAAGCCACUCUUGCAGUAGACGGCUACUCGAACCGAU